AUGCAUUAUGAGUGCUUUGGCCUGCUAGACUUGCAGGGUAGCCAUCGCAUGCAGGGCAGAGGCAGCCUGUCCAGCAACACUGUAAACCUUAGCACCCAGAGCUGGGGUUGUCUCCCAGCUAAUUUCCUGCCUUUUGGAUUCGGAGACACAUUAAACCCUGUUUCAGAUGAUGGAAGCUCUCCAGCAAUUUCCUUGCAGCAACCUUUCAGAUACUUUGGACGUACACACAGUCAAAUCUUUGUGAACAACAAUGGCCACUUAACAUUUGCAGCGCCGCGGUCUUCCUACACUCCCAUUCAGAACCCUGGAAUAGACAUCAUUGCUCCUUUUUGGACUGACCUUGACAAUAGACGUGGAGGAACUAUCUCCUAUAGGCAGGAUAAAAGCAGUGCUGUACUGGCACAAGUCACUGCAGCUGUUAAGCAAUACUUCCCUAACAUAACGUUUAGUGCUUCAUCAGCUUUUGUUGCUACCUGGGCCAAUGUGCCAUACUAUAAUGGUGGAGGGGUGCUUUCUUUCCAAGUGGUUUUAGUCUCCAGUGUUCAUGGCUCUUUCAUCCUGAUCAACUAUGGUGACAUGGCUGCAACAAGACGAAUUUGGCGGGCUGGUUACAACACGGCAGACUCGGUCAAUUCUUUCACAAUUCCAGUAACCAAUGCCUCAGAACUCUCAUCCAGCAGUAAUAUCAAUGUGAAUGGUCGCUGGUCUUUCCAAGUUGAUGGCUCACCGAACUGUAAGCCAAUGAAUUGUCUUAUUAUUUGCAAUAAAAGCCAUGCAACUGGAAACUCAAACUUAACCUUACCAGCACAUUUCUUUCCUUUUGGAAGUGGAGAAAUGGCCAACAUCAUAUCUGAUGUUGGAAGCUCCGAAGCCAUUGUUUUGCAGCAGCCUUUCAAAUUCUUUGGACGCACACACAAUCAGAUCUUUGUGAACAACAAUGGCCAUCUAACGUUUACCGAGCCGCUGUCUGCCUACAACCCCUCUCUGGAUUCCGGAAGAGACAUCAUUGCUCCUCUUUGGACUCACCUUGACAGUAGACGUGGAGGAACUAUCUCCUAUAGAGAGGACACAAGCAGUGCUGUACUGGCACAAGUCACUGCAGCUGUCAACCAAUAUUUCCCUAACCUUCCCCUUCCUUUUAAUACUACAUCAGCCUUCGUGGCAACCUGGAACAGUGUGCCAUACUCCUCAGGUGAAGGGGCUCUCUACGACACAGUGGACUCUGCACACUCAUCUUCUAUUUCCUUACUGACAGCAUCCGAAUUGUCAUCCAACAGCAAUGUCAAUGUUAAUGGUCAAUGGGUUUUUCAUGUUUACGAUGUGUGUGAUACUUUAGGCUGCACUGGAAAUGAGGUUUGCAAUUUUAGAGAUGACUAUGGCUGUGGUUGCAUGGAAGGACAGAGACCUAAUCCUGAAACCUUUGAUGCCACAGAAGUCUGUGCCAGCAGCACUGGGACCAUGUCUCUAUCCCGUUGCCAACUCUUUGAAUCUGAUUUUCCUCUUGAGAUCCUGCACCUAAAUGAUCCCAACUGCACAGGGACUGUUGAAGAUGGCAGGGUUCUGUUUCAUUUUGACAAUGAAGUCCACAUAUGUGGUACCACUCUAUCGAGCAAUGGCACUCACUUCAUCUACCAGAACUCCAUUCAUUCUAACUUGCCAGCAGGUAUUAUUUCAAGACAGAGAUGGGUGAACAUUGCAUUUUCUUGUGAGUACCCUCUAAUCCAGACUCUCUCUAUGCCCAUGGACAUUCAAGCUCAACAUAGGUAG